AUGGCUCCCAAGAAGGCCGUUCCAGAGGAAAAAAUCCCCCUCGGCAGGCCGGGUAACAGUCUGAAGAGUGGUAUUGUCGGUCUCGCCAACGUCGGCAAAUCCACUCUGUUCCAGGCCAUUACCAAGUGCAACCUGGGUAACCCUGCGAACUUCCCCUAUGCAACCAUUGAACCUGAGGAGGCCCGCGUCAUUGUCCCUGAUGACCGCUUCGACUGGCUUUGCGAAAAGUACAAACCAAAGUCGAUUGUCCCGGCCAACUUGACUGUCUAUGAUAUCGCUGGUCUGACGCGAGGCUCCUCGACCGGUGCCGGUCUUGGAAACUCGUUCCUGUCCCAUAUCCGAGCCGUCGAUGCCAUCUUCCAAGUGGUGCGCAGCUUCGACGAUGCCGAGAUUAUCCACAUUGAGGGUGAUGUCAACCCGACGAGGGAUCUGGACAUUAUCAGCGAGGAGCUGCGGUUGAAGGAUAUCGAGUUCGUCGAAAAGGCGCUCGAGAACCAGAAGAAGAAGACCCGCAUGGGUGGUCAGAGCCUGGAGCAAAAGAAGGCCAAGAUAGAGCAGGAAAUCAUCGAAAAGAUUCUGACCUGGCUACAGGAUGGCAAGGAUGUCCGCAAGGGUACCUGGGCUCCCAAGGAGAUCGAGGUCAUUAACCCCCUCUUCCUCCUGACGGCCAAGCCUGUCGUCUACCUUGUCAAUCUGUCGGAAAAGGACUUUGUCCGCAAAAAGAAUAAACACCUGCCCAAGAUUGCCGAGUGGGUCAAGGAGCACGCCACGGGCGACCCCAUCAUUCCCAUCUCGGUGUGCUAUGAGGAGCGCCUGACGCGCUACGAGACCGAGGCCGAGUCGCUCGAGGAGCAGAAGAAUGUCGGCGCGCCCUCGGUUCUGCCCAAGCUCGUACUUCAGAUGCGUAAGACACUGCAGCUCGGCAGCUUCUUCACGUCGGGUGCCGACGAAGUCCGUCAAUGGACCAUUCGUGUGGGCACCAAAGCCCCCCAGGCCGCUGGUGUCAUCCAUACCGACUUUGAAAAGACGUUCAUACAGGCCAUUGUAUAUAACUUCAGCUCCCUCAAGGAGCUCGGCGACGAGGCUGAGGUUAAGGCCAAGGGCAAAAUGAUGACCAAGGGCAAGGACUACGUUGUCGAGGACGGUGACAUUCUGCUCAUUAAAGCAGGUGCCGCCAAGGGUUAG